UGAAUAGGUUGCAUUGGACGAGAACUUAAGUUUACUUAAGUUUACUAGUGCUUGUUGAUGCAUUAUUGGUUUAGCACAAGAAUAAGAUUAUAGAAAUCAGUAUUAUGACUAGCAAUUUUAUCAUGUGAUGAGUAUUUGUUGAACCGUAGGACAUAACAAUGUACAUAGCGAGUUAUAAACCUAGCUCUUAUCGUUUUCAAUGUCGAUACAUUCUUUAUUAAAUAUUAAGUUAAAAACGGAUGCUGAUUAUUUAUUAGGUAUAACAUUUAAGAUUAAUUAUAUUUCUGUACAUAAUCAGUCAUAUGGGAUCAUUUGUUACUUAUGAUCAAACAAAAUAAUUAAUGAAAUAGUAGUAAUAGUCAGUAGUAUACUAUGAGAAUCAUCAACUUAUCAUUUUUUUUAAAAAAAACACAGUAAAUCCCAGACUCAUCUGAUUGGUCAAAAUUUAAAAAAAAUAUUCAAUUGGAUUCAUUUGAUUGGUUAAAUUAUUCUUUUCUAAAGACAUGUAUUCUAAACCAAUGAAAUUUAAACAUAGACACAAUUCAAUAUACAAUAAUUAUGAUAACAUUUAAAAUAUUAUCCAUUUAAUUCAUUUAAAGAAUUACAAAAAUCAUUUAAAUAAAUCAUUAAAACAAAACAAAAAGGAGAAAAAAAGAAUAAAAGAAAAAGAAAAAAAGAAGAAAAAACAAUAAUAAUCAUCAUGGAACGAACUUCAAAAUUAAUGCAUAAUUUACGUUUUAGACAAAAACAGUUUCAUUCACAAAUGGCCAAAUUAAAAAUUAUCUCAAUGAUAUUGAAUUCAAUAUUAAUCAUCAUUGGUAUCAUUAUAUUUAGUUCUGUAUUAUUAGUGAUUAGUUAUCCAAUAUGGUUAAAAAUGUUUAUAUCAUUACAAAGAAUUACAAUUAGUUAUGCAAUAUUAAUAUGGAUUGUAUUUUUCUGUAUUACAUCAAUAAUAUUAGGAAUUAUUGGAAUAUUUUCUAUACAACGUAAAGCAACACUAAUAUUAGGCAUACAAAUAUUUGCCCUGGUAUUUUUAGCAGUGUUAGAAAGUGGUAUUCUUUAUACUAUACUAUCACAAUGGUUAAGACAUUUAGAAGUUGGUGUAACAUUUGCUGUUCAAAUGUUUCAACCUGGCUUAGAAGAUAAAACAGUAAUGGCAAAUAUACAAGAAGCUCUUCAUUGUUGUGGUAGAGGAUCUUAUGACGAUUAUGGUGUGGCUAAUGAAGCAAUACCUAAACAACAUGUACCAUAUUCAUGUUGUGAUUUACAAACUUAUACAAAUGAACAUUGUAAUAAUGCAUCAAAAUUAACCAAAAAUAAACUUACUUCAUUAACAAUACAAUCACCUGAAAUGAAUAAUCUAUUCUAUGUUAUUCCAUAUUAUUUAGCUUAUCCUGAAGGUUGUGUAAAUCGUUUAAAAAAUUUAUUUUUACCAAUAGUUAUUGGAUGUUUUUGUCUUUUAAUAUCUGUGAAUAUUAUUGUAACAUUUAUCAAUUGUUUCUAUGUACAAAAAGCUGCUGAUGAAGAAGAAUAUGAACAAAAUUGGCUUGAUUCACAAAAUUUUUUAAAAGAAACUAAAGAAGCAUUUUGUUUAAAACCACAAAAACAAGUAGAAAUUUCAUGUGAUGCUUCAAUUUCAAAUGUAGAUGAUCUAAGUGUAUUUCAAGGACAAUUAUCCCGUCGACGAACUAGUUCUAUACCAAGUGAUACGGAUUAAAUCAAUAACGUAUUGAUUUCAUUCUGUUUUUUUCUUUUUGUUAUUUUAUCUGUAUAUUCCACAAAGUGUUUGUUUUUUUUGUUUUGUUUUCAUUUUUCAUGAAGUCAACUAUUUCCAAAUAGUUACUUCUUUAAAAAAAGAAAAGAUCAACAGUUUUUUUGUGUGUGUCUGUGAUGAGAUGAUGAAAUAAUAAUUCUGUUAGAAUAACUGUCAUGAUUCUUCUGUUUGUCUCUAACAAUUAACCUUCUUUGUAUUUAUGAUUGUUCUUUGUAUGAUAACACAAUGAUAUCUAUUCAUUUGAUCAUCUAACUAUAUAUAUAUUAUGGAUUGAAAAAAUAAAGAACCCAUACCUCAUCGAACUAUAAACGUUCAUUUAAGUUAAUUUCCAAGUGUAUGAUAUUCUAUAUUUAUAGCUUUUCUGAUAUCGUUACUUAGCGUUUUUUUAGCGAGUUAGU